AUGGAGGAGAAGGUUGACAAAUCUAAACAAGAUCAAGCUUCCAAUUCUAAAUCCUAUAUGGUAUUGGAUUAUCUUAAACUUUUGAAUGAUGAACCAGUUCGUGAGUCAAAGGUAUUUGAUUUUUUCAAUGUGAUAAACACAGGAAAUUCAUCUUCUUCUAGGGAAAAUUACACCACCAAAAGAAAAUAUGAGAAUAACAAUGAAGUGAAACCAUCAAAGACUAAGACUUUUUCUUGUAAUUUUUGUAAGAAAGAGUUUUCUUCUUCACAAGCUUUGGGAGGGCAUCAAAAUGCCCACAAACAAGAACGUGCCCUUGCAAAGGGUCAUCAAGGGAUUGAAGUUGGUACUUUUGGAUACCCUCAUUUUCUCUACUAUCCUUAUCUCACAAACUCCUUUUAUGGAUCUUAUAGUAGAACACUUGGGGUUCGAAUGGAAUCUAUGAUUCAUAAGCCUUCGUACCUUUCAUCCUCGUUAGGGUUUAGGUUUGGUCGUUCUUCUCUUGAUGGAUUGAGGAAGAAAGAUUUGAAUGCAAAUAAUGAAAUUGUGAUUAUGGAAAAUGACAAAACUUUGAGAAAAGAAGGUCAUAAUCUUACUAUUAGACCAAACACUCCUUUUCUUAGUAAAUCCUCUACAAAUGUUGCAAUCAAAUCAAACCCAACCUUGUCUCCUCCAUUCAAUCCUGUGCACUUUGGUGGUCAAUCCAAACAAGAAGGAACCUCUAAUCCUAAUUCUUCAUUUGGGAUUGAUUUAUCACUUAAGCUUUAG